UAUCCAUCGCCGCACCGAACAGGAACUUGACAUCGUCUAACACCCAUGCUCUUGUCGCAGCUUCCCCGCGCGGUGGCCAGCUCCAGCCGCAUUGCGGCUAGGGCUGUGCGCGUUGCACCACGCGCCUCCCUUACUCUGCGCGUAGCUGUCCCGAACUUCUCGCUCGCCCAGCGCCGCUUCCAGGCUACUUCGGCUGACACGGUCACGAUCCGUGGUGAGACGUACCCCAUCGACGCCAAGAGCAACACGCCGGUAAACAUCCUUGGAAAAGUCGAGCGUCAGCUGCACAUGCAGAAGGGGCACCCUCUCUCGACAUUGCGCGAGAUUAUCGAGUCGCACUUUGAAGGCUAUGUCAAGCUGCGGCCGUCGACGCCGGUCGUGACGGUGCACCAGAACUUUGACGAGUUGGGCUUCCCACCUGAUCACCCUGGUCGCGCGCAAACGGACAGCUACUACGUCAACGAGACGCACAUGUUGCGAACGCAUACCAGCGCACACGAGGUGGAGGCGUACAAAACAGACGAAGACGCGUUCCUCAUCGCGGCUGACGUUUACCGCCGGGAUGAGAUCGACUCUUCGCACUACCCCGUCUUCCACCAGAUGGAGGGUAUGCGCUGCUUCUCGGGAGAGCAGGGUCUCGACUUCAUCAAGGCGGACAACGCGCGCAUGGCGGCCGAGCUGGAGAAGUGCCCGAUCAUCAUCGAGGAUGAGACAGUCGUCGGGCCCAGCAACCCGUAUCAGGAGUGCCAUGACCCGGAGCUGGCUGCUGAGAUCAUGAAGAACCUCAAGCACUCGCUGAACGGCAUGAUCUUCAAGCUCUUUGGUGGCUCCACCGGCGAUGAGCCGCUCAAGGUCCGCUGGAUCGAGGCCCAAUUCCCGUGGACCUCGCCUUCGUUUGAAGUGGAGGUCUGGUUCAAUGGCGAGUGGCUCGAGAUCCUCGGCUGCGGUGUGGUAGUACAGAAGACGCUAGAGACGGCGGGCAUGGGCCACAAGUCGGCAUGGGCGUUCGGCCUCGGCCUCGAGCGUAUCGCCAUGGUUCUGUUCGACAUCCCAGACAUUCGCCUGUUCUGGAGCGAGGAUGCGCGCUUCCUGGACCAGUUUGCCGACGGCAAGAUCACCACUUUCAAGCCCUACUCCAAGUAUCCACCAUGCUACAAGGACAUGAGCUUCUGGCUGCCAGAGGAGGGCGCCAGCAAGGAUAUCACGCCGUGGCAUGAGAAUGACUACUGCGAGAUUGUGCGCGACAUUGCGGGCGACCUUGUUGAGAACGUCAAGCUCAUCGACGACUUUACGCACCCCAAGACGGGCCGCCGUUCGCUCUGCUACCGCCUCAACUAUCGCAGCAUGGACCGAUCGCUGUCGAACGACGAGGUCAACGUUCUGCAGGACAAGGUCACGAGCCAGGUUGUGGACAAGAUGGGCAUUGAGAUCCGGUGAAGAAGUAGGCCGUUUGGGUAUUAGGAGUACAAGUACGCAGCAUUACUCAGCCAUUUGGAUCCGUUGCAAUGGGCUCUGAUAAUCUUUUCGUAAGAGCAGCGCAACCUGUAAUGGUUUGGCUUCUGCAUUGCGGCCGUGUGAUUUUAC